AUGGAGUCGCAGCACCUAUCGAACCUACCUGCAGAGGUCAUGGAAUCCCAGCUAUCUAUAAUUGACCUGUUGACGGCGAUGUUCCCAUCUCCCGGGGAGCUUGAUAUUCCCGAAUCUACAACACAAUGUAUUGAAAUAUUGAGACAUUGGUGUGAAGACCCAAUUUCUGCGCCUCCCAAAAUACCCUCGAACAUGGCUCUUGCCGUUACUCUGCCAAUUCAAGAUGGGGCGAAAUCAAUUCAAGUCAACAUUUCAGUGCCACUGAAAUGCGACAAUCCAGAGGAAAUUGACCAACCGCCCUCAUUAAAUUACACAAUUCGACAACCUGACUGGAUGACGAAAGCCGAAGUGGGAAAACUAGCCACCUCGAUGCCGAAGGAUGAUGCUUUAGAAGCAUUUGAAUAUAUUCAAUCGGAGGCAAAUGGUUUUCUAGCAAGCAACGAUUCCAAAACCAGAGAACUGGAGGAAGCAAGCCUACAGAAUGAUUCAAAAGAGCCAAUAGUCAGAGUUUGGUUUUAUUUCCCAUCCUUAUCCACUCGUAAAAAGAGAGAUGAUAUGGUAAAUUUAGCUCCUGAAUACUCACUGACUGGCUUUGUGCUGGCUGGUAAGCCAGGUGUUUUAUGUCUUGAGGGUAUAUCGACGAAUGUUGAUGCUUAUAUGAGCUUUAUAAAGACCCAUUCAUGGGGCGAUAUUCCGAGCCAUCAGAAAAAAGUCAGCGAAAGGUUUCGCCAAACUAGUGGAAUCCAAAGAGCGUUUUCGGCAAUGGAGGAAAUCACUGACUCGCUGGGAAGUCGAGGCGGCCAGAGAGCCAAUAGAGGUGAUAUGCAAGCACUUGAAGCGUGGCUGGGGACGAAAGGGCUACAGGAGGCCUUUGAGAAAGUCAUUUUUUAG